CAACGGACCAGGUGGACUCCGACGAUUGCAAUGAUGAGUGCAAUUGCUCGAGCACAAGGGCCGGGCGCAUACGAGCUACAAGAACAGGAUGCCCGGAGAUUGUCGCUGGAGAGUCUGGUCUCCUCUUCUGACGACGAAGGAAAUGGCUCUGUCGAGGAUAGACAGUCGACCGACUCCCGCAUCCUGGACGACGAUCCCUUGACGUUUGAGUCUCGUCGGGAGUCCCGCGUAGAUGUUUCCGGCGGCGACCUUGGCGCAAAAGACAACAUAUGGAAACGAGAAACGGCUGAGAUUGUGGUUCAGAGUACGCCCAGCAUCGCUUUAGCUCUCAUCGGUUCUAUCGGAGCCGGUAUACUCUUGGACAAGAUACAGAGUUGGAACGCAUUCAGAAGAAUUGAGGAGCUUUUCAUAUUAGUUCCCAUUCUGCUGAACUUGAAAGGGUGUUUAGAGCUUGCCUUGGCAGCUCGGCUGUCAACCUCAGCACAUCUCGGAGAACUCGACAUUCGGCGCACCCGGAGAUCCAUUACUCUGGGAAACCUCGCGCUGCUUCAGGCCCUUUCACUCGCUAUUGGUGCUAUUGCUGGCUUAUGGGCAUUCACUUUGGGCUAUAUCAACAAGCCCCAUAGAGAAUCGUGGUUUGAGAGUGCCCUCAUGAUUGUAACGAGCAUGGUGUGUGCAAGUCUGAGCAGUGUCGUGUUGAACAGUUUUAUGUGCAUGCUUGUGGUAUUGGCAAGAAUGUGGUGCCUCGACCCAGUUCCAGAUAAUAUCGCUACACCACUUGCCGCAUCUUUAGGAGAUCUCAUCACUACUAUAUUCCUGGCUGUAGUCUCCACAGCGUUGAUUGCUGUCUUCAAGACGUGGAUUUCUACCAUUCUGCUUGUAUUGCUUCUCGCAGCAAUCCCGGUCUUCAUCGUUUUCGUCCUGCGCAAUCCGUACGUCAACGAUCUCAUCUUACAGGGGUGGAUUCCCGUACUUGGGUCCAUGGUUAUUGCAAGUGCCUCGGGCGUCGUUCUUGAACGUUAUGUGGUGUCCUACUCUCAGCUGCCCCUUUUUCUGCCGGUAUUAUCUGGUCUUGCAGGAAACGUUGGAUGUAUCUAUGCGUCGAAGCUUACUACACUAUUGCAUUAUUCGUCAACACACCCACGGUUACGCGCUAUGGCCGUUCCGACGACGCUCCUCAUUCUCUCAAUUCCCAUUCAACUCGUCUUCUUAUGCAUCUUGUGGGGAUUGGGUCUUCUUGAAGUUGGCGUCACCUUCUGUUUGCUUUAUCUAUCAGUGAACGUCGUUGUCGUGUUCGUAGCAUUAGGGCUGGCACAUGGAAUAACAAUGGUUUGCUGGCGUCGGGGUUGGGACCCGGACAACAACGCUUUACCCCUUUUAACAGCCAUUGUGGAUGUGGUUGCCACAGCAUCCCUUGUAGGGUGCUUCACCAUUGCAAAAGCUCGAGCAUGAGCGGCCGCCAGCGUGGUACUGGAUGGGCCCGCACAUACAUGACAUGAUAGAAAGAUACCCAAGAUAUUGCCGACCAAAAUCAAAUCAAUAAGAUGUGUUUCUUAACCGU